AAGUCCAGUUCCUCUACUACGACCAAUGAGAAGAUCACCAAACUCUAUGAGCUGGGUGGUGAGCCUGAGAGGAAGAUCUGGGUAGAUCGUUACCUGGCCUUUACUGAAGAGAAGGCCAUGGGCAUGACAAACCUCCCAGCAGUUGGCAGAAAACCCUUGGACCUUUACCGGCUCUACAUCUCAGUGAAGGAGAUUGGAGGAUUGACUCAGGUCAACAAAAACAAGAAAUGGCGUGAGUUAGCUACAAAUCUCAACGUGGGCACGUCCAGCAGUGCAGCUAGUUCUUUGAAGAAGCAGUACAUCCAGUGUCUCUAUGCCUUUGAGUGCAAGAUUGAGCGAGGUGAAGACCCCCCUCCAGAUAUCUUUGCAGCUGCUGAUUCAAAGAAGUCUCAGACAAAGAUACAGCCUCCAUCUCCAGCGGGUUCAGGCUCGAUGCAGGGGCCUCAGACACCGCAGUCCACCAGCAGCUCCAUGGCAGAAGGAGGAGACUUGAAGCCUCCAACUCCAGCAUCUACACCACACAGUCAGAUGCCUCCUUUGCCCGGCAUCAGGAGUAACUCAGUGGGCCUUCAGGAUGCCUUUACAGAUGGCAGCGAUCCCACGUUCCAGAAGCGGAACUCCAUGACUCCGAAUCCAGGGUACCAGCCCAGCAUGAAUACCUCUGACAUGAUGGGUCGCAUGUCUUAUGAGCCAAAUAAAGAUCCUUAUAGUAGUAUGAGGAAAGCUCCAGGAAGUGAUCCCUUCAUGUCCUCAGGGCAGGGCCCCAACAGUGGUAUGGGUGACCCUUACAAUCGUGCUGCAGGUCCAGGGAUGGGUAACAUGGCCAUGGGACAGCGGCCACACUAUCCCUACGGUGGUCCUUACGACAGAGUGAGGACGGAGCCAGGCAUGGGACCAGAGGGCAACUUAGCAGCUGGAACUCCACAGCCGAACAUCAUGCCUUCCACCUCGGAAUCGGGGAUGUACUCUCCCAGCCGCUACCCUCAGCAGCAGCAGCAGCAAAGACAUGAUUCCUAUGGCAAUCAGUUCUCCACUCAAGGCACAUCCUCGGGCAGCCCCUUCCCUAGCCAGCAAACUACCAUGUAUCAACAGCAACAGCAGAAUUACAAGCGACCGAUGGAUGGCAGCUACGGCCCACCUGCGAAGCGGCACGAAGGGGAGAUGUACAACGUCCCAUACAGCGCCGGGCAGGGGCAGACACAGCAGCAGCUGCCUCCAGCACAGACUCAGCAACCGAGCCAGCAGCAGGCUGCACAGCCUUCUCCACAGCAGGACCUGUAUAACCAGUAUGGGAGCACAUACCCUGCUGCUGACCGCCGAUCUGCCGGAGGGCCGCAGAACCAGUUCCCAUUCCAAUUUGGCAGAGACAGGGUCUCGGCUCCCCCAGGCUCAAAUGCUCAGCAAAACAUGCCUCCUCAGAUGAUGGGGGGUCCCAUCCAGUCUGCUCCAGAGGGUCCCCAGCAAGGCGCCAUGUGGCAAGGGCGCAACGAAAUAGGGUACAGCUAUCCGAAUCGGCAGAGCACAGGCUCUGCACCCCAGGGGCCUGCUUAUCAUGGAGUGACUCGAACAGAUGAUAUACUGCAUUCAGAACAGAGGGUAAACCAUGAGGGACCAUGGCCUUCCCAUGGGAAUCGGCAGCCUCCAUAUGGCCCCUCUGCCCCCGUUCCCCCAAUGACUAGGCCACCUCAGUCUAACUAUCAGACUCCUCCUAGCAUGCAGAAUCACAUUCCUCAGGUAUCCAGCCCAGCACCUCUGCCCAGACCUCUGGAGAAUCGCACUUCUCCCAGUAAAUCUCCGUUUCUACACUCGGGGAUGAAAAUGCAGAAGGCAGGACCACCAGUCCCUGCCUCACACAUCACACCAGCAGCUGUACAGCCUCCCAUGAUACGAAGAGACAUCACCUUCCCUCCAGGAUCAGUAGAAGCUACUCAACCUGUAUUAAAGCAAAGGAGGCGGCUGACAGCAAAAGAUAUUGGAACUCCUGAAGCGUGGAGAGUGAUGAUGUCUCUGAAGUCUGGGCUGCUAGCUGAAAGUACGUGGGCCUUAGAUACCAUAAACAUCCUGCUCUAUGAUGACAACAGCAUAAUGACCUUCAACCUCAGCCAGCUGCCAGGUCUGCUGGAACUCCUGGUGGAGUAUUUCCGGCGCUGCCUGAUCGAGAUCUUUGGAAUCCUGAAGGAAUACGAGGUGGGAGACCCAGGGCAAAGAACACUAUUAGAUCCCCAGAGGUACUGCAGAUCUUCAGCUUCUUCUCAUGAGGAAGGGGAGGAGGGAGAGGAACUACGGAGCCUGAACUAUGAGGAGGAAGAUGAUGAUGAGGAAGAGGAGGAGGCUGCAUUUUCGAGCAAGGACAAAGCACCUCUAGAGUGCAGCGAGGAAAAAUUAGUUAGUAAAUUUGACAAGCUUCCAAUCAAGAUCGUGCAGAAGAAUGACCCAUUUGUGGUAGAUUAUUCAGACAAGCUGGGGCGAGUGCAGGAGUUUGAGAGUGGCCUGCUGCACUGGCGAAUUGGUGGUGGUGACACUACUGAGCAUAUUCAGACUCACUUUGAGAGCAAGAUGGAGCUACCUAUGAUUCACAAACGAGCAUCCUGCAAUUCUGUCUCGAGGAAACGUUCAGCAGCUGAGAGCAAUCCAAGCACUAGGGAAGGUGAGGCUCUUCCAUCUGACAGCUCCUCAGAGAAGAGGAUAACUGCCACCAUGGACGACAUGCUUUCAGCACGUCCGAGCUCAUUAUCAGGGGAGGAGGAAGAGGCCAAAGCUUCAGAAACAGAGAAGGAAAGUAAGUUUCCAUUCGGCAUUAGUCCAGCUCAGAGCCACAGAAAUAUAAAAAUUCUGGAGGAUGAGCCUCACAGUAAAGACGAGACGCCCCUCUGCACCAUCCAAGACUGGCAGGACUCUCUAGCGAAGCGCUGCAUCUGUGUCUCCAACAUCAUCAGGAGUUUAUCGUUUGUGCCAGGCAAUGACUUUGAAAUGUCCAAACAUCCUGGGCUGCUGCUGAUUCUAGGGAAACUGAUUCUCUUACACCACAAGCACCCGGAGCGCAAGCAGGCACCCCUGACCUAUGAGAAGGAGGAGGAGCAGGACCAAGGGGUGAGCUGCAACAAGGUAGAGUGGUGGUGGGACUGCCUGGAGGUGCUGCGUGAAAAUACGCUGGUCACGUUGGCCAACAUUUCUGGCCAGCUGGACCUGUCCCCUUACCCAGAAAGCAUCUGUUUGCCUAUCCUGGAUGGACUCCUCCACUGGGCAGUAUGUCCGUCAGCAGAGGCCCAGGACCCCUUUCCAACGCUGGGGCCAAAUGCGGUCCUCUCCCCUCAGAGACUGGUUUUGGAAACACUCAGCAAACUCAGUAUCCAGGACAACAACGUGGAUUUGAUUCUUGCAACUCCCCCUUUCAGUCGCUUGGAGAAGCUGUACAGCACCCUAGUGCGUUUCCUUAGUGACAGAAAGAACCCAGUGUGUCGAGAGAUGGCUGUGGUACUACUGGCCAACUUGGCACAGGGGGACAGCCUGGCAGCGAGAGCGAUUGCUGUGCAGAAGGGGAGCAUUGGCAACUUGCUGGGCUUCUUGGAGGACAGCCUGGCCGCCACACAGUUCCAGCAGAGCCAGGCCGGCCUGAUGCACAUGCAGAACGCGCCCUUUGAGUCGACGAGCGUGGACAUGAUGCGCCGAGCUGCUCGGGCGCUGCUCGCCCUGGCCAAGGUGGACGAGAACCACUCGGAGUUCACGUUGUACGAGUCGCGGCUGUUGGACAUCUCCGUGUCGCCUUUGAUGAACUCUUUGGUUUCACAAGUUAUUUGUGAUGUACUGUUUUUAAUUGGCCAGUCAUGACAGCUGUGGGAUCCGAGACCCUGUGUGCGUGUGCGUGAGUGGAGAACUUAGAAACUGACUGUUGCCCUUUAUUUAUGCAAAACCACCUCAGAAUCCACUGUCUGCCCUGCGCUGUCCUGCUUCUCCCUUGGGGAAAGACGUCCCCAUUCCCUUUCCCCUUCUCCUACCCUUCAAAUUUGUCCUGAAUCCCUUAUUAAAGGAGACAAAGUUCUGUCUACAUAGAAGACUUUUUUUUUUUAUUUUAACCAAAGUUACUGUCGUUUACAGUGAGUUUGGGGAAAACGACUUGCCGUGUUAUCACAUUGACAGGCUCCACUUUCAUAACUGUUUUUAAUGGUAAACUCUGAAGGACAAAAGUGACUGCUGAACUCUGUGGUUUAUCGUUGUACAUUCACAAUCUUGCAGGAACCAAGAAGUUACCAGUUGUGAACAGACCUUGUCCAAGGGAGGCCUGUGCAGUAGCGUGUAGAACUUCAUGUACUGUACACCUUAAACUGUAAACAUACUGUAAUACUGUCUCACAUGGAAAAAAAAAACGCUGGAUCAGCAGCAAGCUGUAGUUUUUAAAAAUGUUUUUAGUUAAUGUUGAGGAGAAAAAAGGCUUUUCCCCCAAAGUAUCAUGUGUGAACCUACAACACCCUGACCUCUUUCUCUCUUCCUCCUUGAUUGUAUGAAUAACCCUGAGAUCACCUCUUAGAACUGGUUUUAACCUUUAGCUGCAGCCUGAAUGCUGCCACGUGUGUAUAUAUCUAUGACGUUGUACAUUGCACAUACCCUAAGAUUCCUUGCAGUUUUGUUCCCCUUUCCCCACCCCUUUCUAGUAUGACGAGUUAACGAGUUGAUGACCUGCAAAAGCGAGACACAAUUAUUUAAUCUCUUGCCAGACAUCCCUCCGUGGAGGAUGCUGUACAGGUCUCUGUGUAUAAAGUCAUUGCUGUCUCAGCAGCCAAUCAACUUAUAGUUUAUUUUUCCUGUUUUUGUUUUCUUUCUAAUCGAGGUGUGAAAAAGUUCUAGGUUCAGUUGAAGUUCCUGAUGAAGAAACACAAUUGAGAUUUUUCAGUGAUGACUUCUGCAUAUUUGUAUUUCAGACGAUGUAGCUAAAAACUUGAUGUAAAUUCCUCCCUUUUUUCCUUUUUUGGCUUAAUGAAUAUCAUUUAUUCAGUAUGAAAUCUUUAUACUAUAUGUUCCACGUGUUAAGAAUAAAUGUACAUUAAAUCUUGGUAA